GAUCAGGUAAAUCAGCCUUCAUGAAAUUCGUCUCCAACAAUAAAAAGACCCAUAACGCAGUUGACUCGUGGUCGAGCUCUAAGAAAGCUAUCACUGCAACAUACUUCUUCUGGUCUCAAGGGGCGACACUUCAACAGACCCAGCGAGGCGUUUUACAAACGGUCCUUUACCAGGUACUAUCAAAGAUGCCCGAGUUAAUAAAUCUCUUCGACGUCGAUCCAUGUGGUGGUAUUCGUCAGUGGACAGAGCAGCGUCUACUGCAAGUAUUUGAAGCAAUUUUGAUGGACAGCGAAAUCUCGCCGAGUCUUUGCUUAUUUGUCGACGGUCUAGACGAGAAUAUAGAAAACCCUACUGAGGUAUUAUAGCUCUUGUGUCAGAUGAUAUCCAUGUCAAAUUUCAAGUGCAUCAUCAGCAGUCGCCCGUGGGCGAUCU